ACUAUAAGACCUGUUCGAGUGCCUUGUGGGUGUGAAAUAUGCAGAAAAUAUAAUACUGCAUCGUACAAGUGAUAUAGCCUGAGAACAUGCCUAGCAAAUACAUUGUAACCGUUCGUUGUAUUCUAGAGGUGUUGAUGAUUUGUCGUAUUGUUAAUUGUAAUAGUAUAAAUGGUUCCGAUGAUAGUUUGCAUUAUUUAAGAAAUUUACGACUAGAACAUUUACUGAAGCUCAGAACAUUAGUAUCCGGCAUGUUGACCAACUGCCAAAACUCUGCAAGUGCAUCAGUGACGAACGGUGUAAAAAAAGUGGAAACAAACGAUACUAUGCUGAACGAUGUCGUUGCAUUAUCGUUGAUUAAUAAUUUCAGCAGAAGAGAAAUGUUAGAUCAUAAGCCGACUAAAAUUCAAUCGAUUUUCCAAGUUAGUGUAACAUCUCUAGCCUUUCUUUCGUUUGCGGGUUAUUUGCUAUGCAUGAUUGUACAAGCAAUAAAGAGUAAUGGAAUUACGUACUAUCAUCCGACGACAACAUCAAUUUCUGCACUACCCUCCGUAAUUAAAAGGCAGAAGAAAACGUAACACACAGUUGACGAGUACAUCGAUUAAAACUUUGCACCACCAAUUACCAUCAGAUGUCCGAAGUGUAUAUAACUUAAAGUCGAAUAAAAAAUAGUUUCACUUA